AUGUUUAGCCAGAAACGCAUGAGCAUCAAAGAAUCUGGAGAUUUGCCAGCACCACCGGUGAAACAACGACGAAUACUUCCCAUGGUUGAUUCAACAGGAGAGAACAAAACGUUCGGGAUGGAUAUGGUACCAAAUACUACUAGCCCUAUUAAGCCAUCAUUCCCAGUGACUCAUUUUGCCACUCCACUGCACAACUUCUAUACAAUGCACCCAACCUCUAUCUUUUCUUAUGUCUCGCACUUUCCACCAUUGCAUCCAAAUUUCGAAUUUGGAGGAUGGAGUACGGACCCGACAUUCCAGUACAUAACCAGUGGUUCCAUGAUGAACUACAUGCCAGAUUUCUACGUCAGAGAGACUGAUGCUACACAAGAGCUUCCAACCUUCACUGCAUCAAUCUGCUGGUCGAGCAUGCUGAUCCGAAGAUACAUUCAGAAAUCGACCAAUUCUCAUAUGACAUCAAAUUUUAUGCAGUCAGUUCAAGCGAAAUGGAAAGAAUACAAUCCAACGAUUGUUUGUGGUUCAAAAGUAUCAGGCACUCAAAAUCCAAUGGCAUCCGGAAUUGGUCAGAGAAUUCCAAAAAGAAAAUCACUUGUUGGAGAAGCCUUCUUUCCUCCGGAAUUCUUUGUCGAAACGCCAUCACAGUCAUCGACUGUUCCCAUCGGUAACGAAGUUGGAUUGAAUUAUAUAGUAACACAACAAGGAGAGACCGACGUGGUUCGAUUUGUGAUGGGACCAGUUCCAGAUGUGGAUCCUCUAUCCAAAAUCAUUUCAUCGCCUACCUACGGAGCUUCGUGUAUUGGAUUCGGUAUCGAUGAAGCAUGUGACGCCAUUAUCAGUGCAUUUGAUGUUAUAUAG